AUGGCUAGAACGUCAUCGUCUCCGUCUCCGGCCAUUGGUGGCGCGGCCGCCGGCGGCCGAAGCAUCGCCGUCGACCUGUACCCGUUCCUGCGCGUGUACGAGGGCGGCCACAUUGAGCGGCUCGUGCGUAGCACGGCCGCCGUGGCGGCGUCCCACGACGGGGCGGUGGGGGUGGGUGGGCGGCCGGCUAGGGAUGGGGUCGCGACGAGGGACGUGGUCAUUGACGAAGGGACCGGGGCGUCGGCGCGACUGUUUCUUCCCGGCGGCGCCGGCGCCGCGGGGGGCGGCGCCGGGAGGAGGCUUCCACUGGUUCUGUACUUCCACGGCGGAGCCUUCGUCACCGGGAGCGCGUUCGGGCGGCUGUUCCACCGGUACGCGGCGUCGUUGGCCGUGCGCGCUGGGGCGCUCGUCGUCUCCGUGGAGUACCGCCUCGCGCCGGAGCAUCCCUUGCCCGCGGCGUUCGUCGACGGGUGGGCCGCGCUCCGGUGGGCGACGUCGCUCGCCGACCCCUGGCUCGCCCGCUACGCCGACCUCACGCGGGUGUUCCUCGCCGGCGAGAGCGCCGGCGCCACCAUCGCGCACAACGUGGCCGUGCGGGCCGCCGGCCCCGACGGCGACGACGUCGACAUCGAGGGCAUGGCGCUGCUGCAGCCAUGCUUCUGGGGCGCGCAGUGGCUGCCGUCCGAGGAGGCGGCUAGCAAGCGAGCCGAGCCGCCGAUGCUCGCGCCAGACAGGCUGGACGCGCUCUGGCCGUACGUGACGGCGGGCGCGGCCGGCAACGACGACCCCCGCAUCGACCCUCCGGCGGAAGACGUGUCGUCUCUUCCCUGCCGCCGCGCGCUGGUCGCCGUGGCCGAGAAGGACGCCCUGCGGGAACGCGGCCGCCGGUACGCCGCGCAGCUGCGCGGCGGCGGCGGCAGCCGCGAGGUGACGCUGGUGGAGUCGGAGGGCGAGGACCACUGCUUCCACCUGUACCGGCCGGCGCGCGCCAGCGCCGUGGAGCUCAUGGACAGCGUCGCCGAAUUCAUCUCACCGACCAGCUGCCUGCAGACUGAAGAGCUCCCGCUCCGUCAUCGCCGCCGCGCGUUGCGUCAUGCGGCCGGCGACGGCAACACGGUGGCGUCACCACCGUGUGCACCGAGACGUGAUCAGCUCGUCCUAUCAGGUGGGCCUGCUAAGCUGGGCAGGCCCAAAGCGAAGGUUGGUGGCGGGCCCACCUGUAAGGCGCAGCGUUACCGAUUGGUGGGCAUGGGUCGCCCAAUGCCAGGUGGGACCUACAAAUACUCCAUUUCGGCAGCGGGUCUACGGGUGCUGUGCUGA